GCGCCACCUUUGUUACGAAAAUUCUUAUUAGAUAAUUCAGUAUAAAUAAGCCAAAUAGAUAAAAAUAUUUUUAUAUUUUCUAGAUACUGAUAACAAGAUAUCGUUUAUAAGACACGUCAACAGUAAUACAUAUAGUUCAAGAUUCAUUACAGAGAACCGCAGAGGUAUUAAGGCAACAGUUUUUCUUCAGAAGAGAUCAGUGUGCGUAAUCAGUAUAGUAGUAGUAUAUACGACUCCCGUUUUAUCCGCCAAAGAAUUGAAAGUGUAUUUCUUUGUGUAACGAUUGCAAAAAUAGAUUUGUUAAAAAUGGUCACCGGACGGGCGCUUCAUUUUGUAUUUAAAAUACCAGAUAGAAAAAUAACUUGCAGAUUUUACCGGGAAAUUCUUGGGAUGAAGGUGUUACGGCACGAGGAAUUUGCCGAAGGCUGUGAAGCGGCUUGCAAUGGACCAUAUGGGAAUAGAUGGAGCAAAACCAUGAUAGGAUAUGGAACAGAAGAUACUCAUUUUGUUAUAGAGUUAACUUAUAAUUAUGGGAUCAAAGAAUACAAAAUGGGAAAUGAUUUUGGUGGGAUAACAAUCCGGUCUAGGGAAGCACUUCAAAGAGCACGAGCAGGUGGAUGGCCAGUGCAAAAAGAAAAUGGGAAGUUUGUUUUACAAGCACCUGGUGGUUACAAGUAUUAUGUUAUUGAUGAACCACAACCUUUAGAUAAAGAUCCUGUAGAAAAAUUAACUUUGUCCAGUUCAAACCUUGAAAAAACUAUUGCUUAUUGGAAAGAUAUUCUAGACUUGAAAGUAUUUGAUCAAACUGAAAACAGCGUAUUAUUAGGAUACAGUGAAGAUCAGGCAAAGAUUGAAUUUAAAGAUAUUGGUACUGCAAUUGAUCACGCUGCAGCUUAUGGACGCAUAGCAUUCUCAGUUCCUCAUGCAGAACAACCAGAAAUUCAAAAGAGAAUAAAAGAUAGUAAACAUAAGAUAUUGACUGAUUUACUCACUUUAGAUACUCCAGGAAAAGCUUCUGUAAGAGUUAUUAUCCUUGCUGACCCAGAUCAUCAUGAAAUUUGCUUUGUGGAUGAUGAAGCAUUCCGCCAAUUAUCAGUUCCAGAUUAUCCUAGUGAAGCAAUUUUGGAUAGAUAUAUUAAAAAAGAAGGAUAAACGAUUAAGAUAAUCCUUUGAAGCUAUUGAAGCUAUGUCUUUUAUAAAAAGACAAUAAUGUUUCAAAAUAAUGAAAAAUAAUCUCAGUAUUUCUAUAAAUUUGAGAGACUGUGUUAAUACCACAAUUUCAAUAUUUUAAUAUUUUAGAAAAAAUAUGUUAUAUAACAGAGACAAUGCACUGGUUCUCACACUGCAUAUAGCUCUUGCCUUGCAGAGCCAUGUAAAAGCGAUUCCACCCAUAUCCAUUUAACUCUUAUACUCUACAAAUUUACACAGUAUAAGUUACUAAGAUUCUGUAGUUUUGUACAUAUUUUUCUAAUUCUGAAUAUUAUAUGCGGUGAAGGGUCGGACUCUGAAUAAAAGAGUAGUUUGUUCAAUCUGUGGCGGGGAAAAGGUUCGUCGUCUCUACAUGUAAUAUAACGAUCAACAUGAAUUGUUUUCUAACACAAAACUUUUUUAUUAGUAUAUUACACUACUAAGUUUAAAGUACAAAAGAGUUUACAAAACUUGUUUUAUAAUUUAAUGUUUCUAUAAAAAAUAUGUAUUUUCUGGUGGAGGUUGUUAAUGAGAUCAAAUAAAAACUUGUUAAGAAA